AUGGCGUUCCGGCUGAGCAACAACCUGAUCGGGAUCCUAAACUUCAUCACCUUCCUGCUCUCCAUCCCGAUCCUGGGCGCGGGCAUCUGGCUAGGCCGCCGUGCCGACGGCACCGAGUGCGAGCGGUACCUCUGGGCGGCCCUCAUCGCGGUCGGGGCCUUCCUCCUCGUCGUCUCCCUCGCGGGGCUCGUCGGCGCAUGCUGCCGCGUCACCUGGCUGCUCUGGGUCUACCUUCUCGCCAUGUUCGUCCUCAUCGUCGUCCUCUUCUGCUUCACCGUCUUCGCCUUCGUUGUGACGAAUAAGGGCGCCGGGGAGGCCGUCUCCGGGAGAGGGUACAAGGAGUACAAGCUCGGGGACUACUCCAACUGGCUGCAGAAGCGGGUCGAGAACACCAAGAACUGGGACAGGAUCAGGAGCUGCCUCCAGGACUCCAAGGUCUGUAAGAAACUGCAGGACAAGAACGAGACCAUCGCGCAGUUCAUGGCUUCCGACCUCUCCCCCAUCGAGUCUGGCUGCUGCAAGCCCCCCACCAGCUGUGGCUACACCUACGUCGGCGGCACGGACUGGACGGCGGCGGUCCCCCCCAACUCAUCGUCGGACCCGGACUGCCAGACCUGGAGCAACUCGGCGCUCUGCUACGGCUGCCAGUCGUGCAAGGCCGGCGUGGUGGCCACGGUCAAGCGGGACUGGAAGCGCGUCGCCGUCGUCUGCAUCGUCUUCCUCGUCUUCAUCAUCAUCGUCUACUCCGUCGGCUGCUGCGCCUUCAGGAACAACCGCAGGGACAACGCCUACCGCGGCGGGUGGAAGGGCGGGCACGCUUGA